ACCAAUAGCAUUCCGAUGUGGAAAGGCAGGAGGAGGCUGUGGCCCAAUGAAGUAGUCUAAGGGGAGUAGACAGACAAUGAGAGAUUGUAUGUGUUCGAAUUUCGAAGCCUUUUUCUCCUCCAUCUACGUUUUGGGCGAGGCGACGAAGGAAGAGUGGAGGAGGGGGGCUGUUGUGGUUGUGCUUUCUGUGCAUUGAGGCUGGACGCGCGGGACGAUUCGCCACGAAGCCUCGGCCAGACUUGCAGGUUUUGAGAAUCUAAAGCAACUGCAAGAUGUUUAACAAACCUUUUGGAGCACCUUUUGGAGACAACGCAGGUGGCUUUGGAACAACUUCAACUUCUGGGCAGAAUGUUGGGACAAGUACUAGCAGUGGCGGUAUAUUUGGGACUUCUAAUGUAACCUCCAACACAUUUACUUCUGGUUUCCAUUUUGGAUUGCCCCCCUUUACCAUUGUUCCAGCUGGCACUACCAUUAGAUUCAAUCCACCAGUUGGCAACGACAUUAUGGUUAAACACGGUUGUACCAAAAACAUCAAAACUGUGCAUCAUUGUAUUACUGCUAUGUACGAAUAUGAGAACAAAUCACUAGAGGAACUUCGUUUGGAAGACUAUCAGGUGAACAGGAAAGGUCCAUGGUUUGGAUUGUCCACUGCUACACCAAGCACAGUCACAGGGCUCUUUGGUUCCUCCACCAUCAACACCGGUGCACAGAAUAAAACAGGCUUUGGAACCAGUUUCGGAACAGGAAGUCUGUUUGGUCAGACAAUGCAAAUCUCCGGCCUCGUCUUCAAGCCAUUUGGCCAGGACACAGCUGUACAGAACACAGGCUUUUCAUCUGGGAACAUCAGCAUCCCUGGACAGCUCAACACGAACACACUGGCAAAUGAGGGUCCAGUCCAGAAUCUCUACGAUGAAGCUACUUGUCCCAUCUGUCUGGAAUAUUUCAAAAAGCCAGUGAGCGUGGACUGUGGACACAUCUUCUGCCGAGCCUGUAUCACUAGGUGUUGGAAGAAGUCUGACACAGAUGCUUCAUGCCCUCAAUGCCGAGAACCUUGCCAGCAAAGGAACCUUAGGCCAAUCCGACAGCUGGCAAGUAUUGUGGAAAUAGCCAAGAAAUUCAGCCUUCAGGUGGCCAAAGGGCCAGAAGCAUUGGGAAACAUUUGUGAGAGGCACCAGGAGCCCCUGAAACUCUUCUGUGAAGAUGAUCAAAUCCCCAUCUGUGUGGUGUGUGACAAAUCCAAGGAGCACAGAGAACACAAGGUGGUUCCUAAUGAGGAGGCUUUUGAAGAGUAUAAGGGCAAAAUUCAGAGUCAUUUGGAAUUUCUGAGGAAAAAGAGAAGCACAAUUCUUUCUUUUAAACUAAGUGUGGAGACUGAAAACCAAAAUUUGCUGGAACAGACGGAAAGAGAGAGGCAGAAGAUUGUGGAUGAGUUUAAGCAAUUGCACCAGUUCCUGGAAGAACAAGAGCACCUCCUGUUAGCUGAGCUGAAAGAUCUGGAUGACAAGGUUAAAGGCAAUGGGAAUAAGCAUAUUGCGAAGCUCUCGGAGGAGAUUUCCUCUGUAGACAACCUCAUCAAGGAAAUAGAAGAGAAACAGCAACAGCCGGCAGAAUUCUUGCAGGGUAUCAGAAGCAUCUUGCAAAGGUGUAGCAAAGAGAAAUUUGUGAAUCCAGUAGCGUUUCCUCCGGGAUUAAAGCAACAAAUCAAGAAAUUCUCUGAAAUGCAUCCCUUUCUGCACACUGUUAUGAAGGAAUUUAAAGACACUGUGCUCUCUGGACCACAAGAAGAAAAAGCAAAUUCGACUGAUGUUGAAGACCGGACGGUUCCCACACUAGACCUGACAAUUCCCACACUAGUCCUAUCAACUGAUCACCAAACACAACAGUAUUAUUGUUUUGAUGAAGAGCCCAGCCAGUUGUGUUACUGGUCUUACAUCCUGGGAGUUGAGAGAAUAACCUCGGGGUGCCAUUCCUGGAUGGUGGAGGUGGGGGAUGAAAAAUUCUGGGCAGUGGGAGUGGCCAAAGAGCAUUUAAGGGGGAAGCCCAAAAUAUGUUUGAGCCCUAAGGAAGGGAUCUGGGCUAUUGGGAAGUUACACAUAAAUAGCAAAGACUAUGUCUUAGACAUAGAGAAUGACAAAUACUAUGCAUUCACUUCUCCUGGAACAUCUCUGGGUCCAAACCCCACGUCCACCAACUUCACCAUUGCGGGCCAUGAGGAUAUUUCCUAUUUUUAUCAGAGUGUGAAGCCAAGAAGGAUCCGUGUGUCCCUGAACUAUGAGGAAGGUUCUGUGACCUUUUUUGAUCCUGACAAGCAGAUCACCAUCUUUAGUUUCAAUGAUGUCUCGUUCUCUGGGGAGAAACUCUGCUCCUGGCUCAGUGUGGGGAGGUGAGAUGUGGAUGCCAUUCACAGCACAAACUAGAUCUAAAUCCCUAUAUUGACACGGCUGGUGGGGAUUUAAAGCAGAGCAUGCGUGAGCAGUAGGAGCAAGUUGAGUUCUCCUCUAUCAAUGCUUUUCUUCCCAAAAUUGUUUCUCUCUAGACAUUUUUCCUUGCUGUGGGUCCCUUCCAGUCAUGGAGCCCCAGCAGGAAAAGGACAGCUGCAGAGAAGCACUUUCAGAAGAGCAUGUGUGGGAAGGCAGGCUUCCCUAGCCAUGAUACCCACCCUCUUCAUAGGGAAUUGGCAGCAACCAGAUUCUGACUUAUAAGGCUGGUGCCAUCACAUCCAGUUUGCCUUCAGGGCAUCCCUAAGUAACAGUGGUGUGCUGCAUGAGGAAAAGUAGACCAAAAACAACUAGAACCAUUAGUGCUCUCCCAUGCCAUCACCAUUUUCAUUUUGCAGCUAUAACUAUGAUUUUCUGAUUCUUGUCAUGGAUAAACUGCAACUUGAGCAGUGUCUCAUUUCUUUCCUCCUGGAAAGACCAGGAGGUCUUUCAAACAAACAAAACCCAAACUCACUGAGCUUAGAAAUGGGUUGGCACCAUGUUAGUGUGGUUCUCCAGAUGCUUUAUUGCCAGUGCUGCCCACUUCAAUUGAUAAGAUGCACUGGCCAAGAGUAUAGGAUGCACUUUUUUUUUUUUAAACUAACUCUGUUUUUAAAUAGGCCAAUGCCUGCUCAGCUCUCAAAUACAGAGCUGAAAACAAAACUGCCCAGUUGGGUUAUUAUUGGGGUGGGGGAGGGACCCAAACUGGGGCUGUUGAAAUAAGUGUCUGGGUAUUCUUUUCUUCCAUCAAUAGGACAGGAGGAAGAGAAUAUCUCUCUAGGUAACAGGAUCUGGGUAGAUCUUGCUGUGCCAUGAUCUGCUUCUUUGACUCUCAUUUUUUGGCAUUUGGGGGGCAAAUCUAUUUUGCUUCUUUAAAAACAAAUCUCAUAGCCUCGUAUUCUGCCUUGUGUUGUGACUGGAAAUGUCAAUCUAGGUUCUAAUUCUGCACAUGGGAGUUUACAGCAAGUCAUAGAUUCGCUGCGAGAUACUGAAAUAUUAUUCAUCACAGACUCAGUAGCUGACCUUCAGCAUAUCACUUUCUUUCCGCUUCAGUGCUAACUGGGGAAAGCGAGGAAUAGUGAUUUGGUUUAAGAACUCUGCCAUGGAUUCACUGAUUGGUUUUAUGUUAUCCCUCUGUCUUGGAUGUAUCCCAGCUGUAACAUGGAAUCUAAUAGUCCUGUAUAAAAGUGUGUUGCUAUUUCUGCUUAAGAAUUUUCUGACAAGGA